AUGCCGACUACUCGUGAAAUCUUUCUGCAACGCGAGAUUGAUACCCUCAGACGCAGCAACCAAGAACACGCCAGUACCAUCGCAACCAUGAAGAAGGUGGAAGAAGCACAGAAAGUCGUAAUCAAUAAGUGGAUGGCGCUUGACGAGCAAAACCGCAAGAAGAUCAACGAACAACACACCCAGAUCAAGAAACUCGCAAAGAGAAUCGCCCAGAUGAAGGGCUCCAAGCAAAUUCAGGAGGAGAUUCUUGCCCUCAAGGCUAAACGUGCCAAUGCUGAGAGGAAGAUCGAAGAAGAGAUCGCUGCUCUCAAAGCAAAGCGCGCAGAGACUGGUAUUGAAACCGACAAAGAACUGCAGGAGCGUGAGAGGGAGCUCGAAAUGGUCGAGGACAGCGAAGACGAAGAUGAUUGA